AUGCUUCUGUCGUGGUUCACAGGAUUUGGGGCUGGACUGCUCUUCCUGCACUUCCUGCAGAAACUUCUGUUCCCGUACUUCUGGGAUGAUUUGCGGUUCCUGCUGAAGGUGGUGCGCUAUGGGAUUAAGAUGGAGAUGUACAGAUGGAGAGGGGAGCUCGUCACGGUGCUGGAUAAGUUCCUGAGCCACGUCAGGAGGCAACCCCAAAAAGCCUUCCUCAUUUAUGAGGGGGUCGUCUACACCUAUGAGGAUGUGGACAAGAGGAGCAACAGAGUAGCCCACGCCUUGCUGAACCACUCCUCGCUGAAAAGGGGGGACGUCGUGGCCUUGUUGAUGAGCAACGAGCCGGACUUCGUCCACGUGUGGUUUGGCCUGGCUAAACUGGGCUGCGUGGUGGCCUUCCUCAACUCCAACCUUCGCUCCAAUUCCCUCCUCCACUGUGUCCGCACCUGCGAGCCCACUGCUGUGGUGGUUGGCGGAGAUUUGCUUGGAAGCAUAGAAGAAAUCCUUCCCAGCCUCCCCAAACAUGUCAGUGUUUGGGGAAUGAAGGAUUCUGUUCCACAAGGUGUAGUUUCCCUCAAAGAAAAGCUGAGUCUCGUCUCUGAUGAGCCAGUACCGCCAAGCUAUCAUGUCACCUCAAGCCUCAAGUCUACUUGCCUCUAUAUUUUUACCUCUGGAACAACAGGUCUACCCAAAGCAGCUGUGAUUAGUCAGUUGCAGGUGUUGAAGGGCUCUGUUGGGCUAUGGGCUUUUGGCUGCACAGCUGAUGACAUUGUUUAUGUAACUCUCCCACUGUACCAUAGCUCAGGGGCUCUCCUGGGAAUUGGUGGAUGUGUUGAGCUGGGUGCCACAUGUGUGUUAAAGAAGAAAUUCUCUGCAAGCCAGUUUUGGGAUGAUUGCAAGAAGUACAAUGUCACUGUGUUUCAGUACAUUGGGGAACUUUGCCGUUAUCUAUGCAAACAACCUCAGAGAGAAGGGGAAAAGGACCAUCGGGUGCGUUUGGCAGUCGGAAAUGGUAUGAGCAGCGAAGUGUGGAGACAAUUUUUAGACAGAUUCGGAAAUAUCAAAAUGUGUGAAUUUUACGGAGCUACGGAAGGAAACAUAAUUUUCAUGAACCACACUGGCAAGAUUGGAUCAGUUGGGAGGACAAACUUUUUUUACAAACUUUUUUUUGUUUUUGAGUUGAUAAAGUAUGACUUCCAGAAAGAUGAGCCACUGAGGAAUGAACAAGGCUGGUGCUACUGUGUGAGAAAAGGCGAACCUGGUCUUCUCAUUUCUCGUGUGAACAUGAAGAAUCCCUUCUUUGGCUACACAGGCUCUUACAGGCACACACAAAGCAAGCUGCUUCUUGAUGUUUUUAGGAAGGGAGAUGUUUACUUCAAUACAGGAGACCUAAUGGUUCAAGAUCAUGAGAACUUCCUUUACUUUUGGGACCGUGUUGGAGACACUUUCAGGUGGAAAGGAGAAAACGUGGCGACCACAGAGGUCGCGGAUGUGAUUGGGAGGUUGGACUUCAUACAGGAAGCAAACGUGUAUGGCGUGCCUGUGCCAGGUUAUGAAGGAAAAGCAGGGAUGACGUCUAUUAUUCUAAAACCAAACAAGCCUUUAGACUUACAAAAAACUUACGACCAAGUCGCAACAUCUCUACCAGCCUAUGCCUGCCCGCGAUUUUUAAGAAUUCAGGACAAAAUGGAAACAACAGGGACAUUCAAGCUACAGAAGUUACAGCUGGUAGAAGACGGAUUUAAUCCCCUGAAGAUUUCUGACCCACUCUACUUUAUGGAUAACUUGAAAAAAUCUUAUGUUCCACUGACCAAAGAAAUUUAUAAUCAGAUAAUGUUAGAGGAGCUUAAACUUUAA